CGCACGCAGGGUGGAAGUGAAGGGAACCAGGCACUUGUCCCUCACCAGCUCUCCUCCAGCCCGGGGGGUCUUCUCCAGCCCGGGGACAUCCCGCAGACACUUGACACAUGGCGCUAGUCUGUCCCUGAGCUGAGCCUGGGACACCCCGAGCGGCGCAAAGCGGCUGUCAGCGUGCAAACCCCCAGCCGGUUAGCCGGAUGGCUAGCGACAACCAGCCGGCGUGCAUUGUCGGACACUCGGCUAGCCGCGCUCCGGCUCAUGUCCCUCCAGCCUCCUCUCCGUCACUGACAUGCCACCGUGCGCCGGGGACACCACAUGUCCGCGUAACUUUCUGUCCCCGGGACACUCGGUCGCUGCAGGGUUUCCACAAUGGACAGCGAGCGCAGCAAUUGCAGGCCGCAGCUCGGAGACAAUAGCAAGCUAACCCCGCUAGCCGAGGCUGCUUAGCCCGCUAACGGCUCGUCUGGCCCCGGGUGAGUGUCGGUCUGGAGCUGCACUGAGAAGGAGAAAAGAAGGUGUCUGCACUAUGGAGGAGGAAGAUAUGACGGAGCAAAUCACAGCAGCUUGUAGCCAAACCCUGUUCCACAAUCCAGACUUAACCGUGGCCGACCGGGGCCCAGCACCCUGGCAGCUCAGCUCCGACCUGGGGACAACCGAGGAUGGGCUCAGUAAUGGCACCUGUGAAGCAGAGACUAUGGACCACCCGGCUCUAAAGAGUGACCACAUGUCAGACUUUUCCAACAGCGACCUCUCCCUGCCCGAGGUCUGCAUUUCCACCAACAGCAAUAGCCCCGAGGAGGACAAUAUGAACCAUGAGGUCCAGCAAGCUUACAGGAUAUUCACCUGCUUUCUGCUGGACAAGCACAAAGGGAUGGCCGGCCCGUUCCUCCAGCCCGCCGGCCACCAGGAGGCCCAGCACGGUAUCGGAGGUGUCCGGGGUCGGGGUCAGGCGCAGCUCAGGCAGUCCAUGUGUUUGCGGCGGAUGGAGGAGAAGUUCACCAGCCAGGAGUAUGGGACAAUAACAGAGUUUGUUGCAGACUUCAGGCUGAUGCUGGAGAACUGUUACCGCCACCACGGGGUGGACCACUGGAUCUCCAAGCAGGCUCAGAAGCUGGAAAUUAUGCUGGAGCAGAAGCUUACAUUACUGUCCAGGACGCUGCGAGAGAAGACCACCUUGGCAGUGACCUCUAAAGGUCGUUUUGGUGCCGAGGAGGAACGUGGAUCGGGGGGCACCUCCACCAGAAGGAGACUGGCGCCUCGGAGCCUGGCUACCAUCACUGUUGGUGGGCAUGAGUCUGUCAUGGUCCAGAGCUUGCGGCAAGAGGAGCAACAGAGGGCCAAGGAUGAGAAGAGGCAACGUGAGCUCGAGAAGAAAGAGGCAGAGGAGAUGUCAGCCAAAGAGGUGGAAGAGUGGGAGCAGACCUUGCUGUCACAGGCGUCCCCCCACACUGUGGAUGCACUUUGGGAACUCCCUGCCAUUGGGCAUUUCCUCUGCCUGGCUCAGACUGCUCUUAACCUCCCAGAGAUUGUAUUUUUUGAGCUGGAGCGUUGUUUGCUGAUGCCUCGCUGCAGCCUCCUACUCUCCAAAAUCAUGUCUUCCCUGCUGUCCCCUCCCCAGCGGAGGGCCACUCUGUCCCGGCGGCCUGCACUGCCUUACCGCCGCUGGGAGUCAGAGCUCAGGCAGAAGGUCAUGACUUGGUAUCGAGUUGUAGGCGCCUCGCAUGAUCAGCCAGGUCGGGCUGAACAGCUGGGACUCUCCCUCCAAUUUUUCCGCACCCUCGGGGAGGUGAGUCCUAUGGAGGAGAAUCCUUUCCACCUGCUGCCGUUCUACCAGCGCGUGUGGCUUCUGAAAGGCCUGUGUGACAAUGUGUAUGAGACACAGAAGAGUGUGCAGGAUGCUCUGCUGGCCCAGCCUAUCCAUGAAUGUCGGGAGUCUAUUCUGGGCUAUGACAGCAAGGAGAAUGCCUAUAUACAUUUCCCACACUUUUGUGGGGCAGACUUGAGGAUCUACUGCCAGAGCCCCAGCGCACCCCCGGCCUUCCCUUUCCCUUCUGUAUGGGUAAAAAGGCUCGAAAUGGAGCCAGGGACAGAGGGAGAGGAGUCGGAUGGGAUGAAGGCUGACGGAAACGAAAGUGACAGGGAGUGGUACGGACGCUCUAUAGACACUGGAGAGUCUGAUGAUUUCGGAAAGGGGAGAGCAGAGACAUUUGGCCUUUUCGAAAGGGAAAACGGGGAUGAGAAGGAACAUAAAGGUUUUAAAUUCUGGUCACUGAAGAAGGAGGAGGGGUCUGAAUCAGGGUCCUCUGAUGGCAUCUCCUGUGAAGACUCUAAAUUGGACUUAAAAAUACACACUAACUCCUCAGCCCUUCCCUACACUAGCCCAACUAGAACGCGUGGUGUGAAAAUACCUCUGAAAGAAGAGACAGUAGAGUUGGAGCAUCAAUCCAAGAGAUUGAAACGGAAGAGAGGCACCUCAUUGUCCUCAACGCGUACCAUUGAUGCAGAUACACAGGAGCCCUGUCUGAGUGUAGGGGAGCACAGCUACACAGGAAGGUCUCCCGCUCGCUCAGGGAAUCUGGCCUCCCCGACCAAACUGGUGGGGCUAAAAAUUGAAGGAGAAAGUCAGGGACGCAAAAGGACUUCCUGUAUUCAGUGUUACGAAAGCAAAACAGGUAAUGCUGAGUCAGCAGGGCGUGGAUGCUUAUGUGGAACAUCAGGGUCAGCUACACAGGUAUCUUCUGAGAGAGCUCGGAACUCAAGUGAAGAGAGGGCGAGCGACAAAAUUUGGACUAAGAAGAAAAAGCGGAAGAAAAUGAGAGGGGGGGAACAGCUGCCGGCGGUGAAAGGAGAGCACAUGCAGCUGCAGCACGAGGACAGGGUGAGGCUGUGCCCAGCGGAGGCUGCCAAGCCUGCAGUGCGGCCAGUUGCCACAACAAUCAAGAGAAAAGAAGGGAAGAAAAAACAUAAAACAGGAAAAGAUCUAGAAUCUUCAAAGAACAUUACAGACGAACCUUCAGCUGAACCAUCCUUCAAGCUGGUCUGCACCAGUCUUCAAGAGUUGCGAGAGCUGAUAAGUAAGACAGAAGAUGAGCUUGAUGACUUGGAAAGCACUAAGAAGAGACUGCAGGGUCGCUGGUAUCAUCGGAGAGAAGCAGUAAAGGACCUCCACAGCACUCUAAUCCGACUACUGAAUGAGCUCUCACCCUGGGAACCCAAACUUGUAAAGGCCUACCAAAGGAACAGGCUUCGUUUGAAGAAGGAAUUUGAUGAUUUCAAGAAGCACCCCGAGUACAAUAAUUUUGUGCGUGAGGAGUGCGUUUCAUCAUCGUCAUCAGAUGAAGAGGAAGAGGAAGAGAGGGAUUUUGGGAAGGACAUGUUUUCCCUCACAGAUGUUUAUAGAAGAUCAGAAGAGGAAGACUUUGAACAUGUGGUACCUAGAGGUCUUUGGAGCGGAGCAAGUGCCAGGGGUUUUGGUGGAGAAUCCGUGGCGACCUACACACCUCCCAUCGCCCUGAAACACCCUCUGUCCAGCACAGAGACAGGUGUCAGUCUGCUACCAAGAGUUCAGGCUGGCGGCAGAAACAUUGCUUCUACUGCUGACUCUGGGCCACCGUCUACAUCUGAACUGAUCCCAUCAAAUCAAUCCAUGGACCCAAACUCAGCAUGCGCCCCAGGGUUACCAGCCCAGACUCCACUGUCACUCAGACCCACCAUCCUCCACCCCACCACUGGAUUACCUAAGGGCUACACGCCCAUCCCCACCCUGCUGGCUAAGAGUGUGGGAAACAAAGUGACCUUAAUGAAACGGCCUGCUGAUGGUUCAGGGUUCAACAAUAUAGACAGACAGAGCAAAGGGUCUUUGUUCUCCCUGCCUGCCUCGGCAAUGGUUACGACAAAACUCUCAAAAGCACAAACCUCUCAAUCCAGUUCCCAGCAGUUCUCACAACAAAUGCAGCCGCAAGGACAACAACACACACAGGUACACAGGCAGUCAGGAAUGGCCACAGUGACGGCAGCUCCUCUCAAAUCACCACAGGCCAAACCAACCCAGACUGUACCAAAAAGUCCUGUCCAGGUUGUGUGCAAGGCUCCUGAGGGGCUGGCUCCGCUUCCUGGGAAAGACAGCUUGCAGCAAGUGGUGAUUCUAACAUCUAAUAUUCUUAUUCCCAAAGCUGAAGAAAAGGCGCCGUCUUUACAUCAGCAGCAAUCAAAGGACAUUCAGGCCCCGGUUUCUAAAGUGGCCAGCCCCUUCUGUUUUUCCACCAGUGUGCCUGGGUUCACCAUCCCUGAGAACAGAAUCCCUGUUCAGCAAGUGGCUCCCUUAAAAGAUGCCAGGACAGUGAGAACACCUUCUCCUUCUUUCCCCCCUAGUCAGCAACAGGGGGUCCUGAACACAGCAGGGUUCAAGAGGGCACACAUCUGCAGCCCCAAAGCUAGCUCACCACACGGUGUCAUGCCAAACCUCUCAUCCAUCAGGUCUCCUUCCAGUGCAGUUUCUACUGAGCCUCUUGAAUCUAAAGAACUUAAGCAGGAGCUCAAGACCGUGUGUAUCCGCGACUCGCAGUCCAUCCUGGUGACAACUAGAGGAGGCAACACGGGCAUCGUCAGAGUUCAGUCAUCCUCAGGCCACGGUGGACUUGGCUCUUCGCCCGCCAGUCCAGUCAUCACCAUCUCACCUCAGUUUAAAGCCUUCCUGGUAUCCAAGUCGUCAACGGCGUUUUCUCCAUCUGCUCCGGCUCAGACGUCCCCUUUCAGCAUCCCAGCAGUGACGAGUGUCUCAGCGGCCCAACCUCAGAAGCAAGAUCCCUCGGUUUUAAAGACUCUUUCCACUCUCACAUCCCCCAUGCACACUGCAGUCACUGGUAGCAUUCCCAUUGCAGUCCCAGGAAGCCAGACUACAGCUACUUCUGUUGCACUAAGUCAAGACUCUUACACCUCAGCUUGUUCUACAGCUGCAAAAAAGAUUGGCCAGCUAGCACAGACAGCCGCUGCUGCUUCACAUUUCCAAACUUCAUCGGUGAAAAAUCCUGCCGCUGUCCCAUCACUGAGUAGCACUGGUGUUCCCCAAGUUCUCACACAAGCAGAAGUCAGCAAGACGGGUGUAAAACGGCUCAUUGCAGACGAGCGAUCCCAAGUAACUAAAUUCAUCCUGGUCACUCCCUCCUCAACCCCCACCUCGGGUUUAGCUUUAUCAAAAGGCACAACCUCUUCCACAAAGUCACCUACUAGCUCCAGAGUCAUGUUUAUCAGCCAGCCUUCAGCCACAUCUCCCCCCACCUUCAUGGGAAGCAUUCCAAAGCAGGCGAUAGCAGCAGCAGCCAGUGGACAGCAGCUGACCACUUCAUUACCACAUCAGACUCUAAAGAUGGGAUCAAGCCCGGGCCAACCCAUCAGCACUGAAGCAUCGCCCAUGGUCCAGAACAUCAGUCUGCCCUCAGGGGUUCAAAUCCAGUUGUCAGGAAAGACGACAACCAAUGGACAGACCAUUGGUGCCCUGUCACGUUCUCCUUCCAAAAGCACUUCUCUCUCAGACACAGGCUGUCCCACAGCUGCCACCCAUGGACUGGUCCCCGUCACAAACAUCCUCACACCCUGUCCUGCACAGCAUGCCCCUCACGCUUCCCUGACCUCCAGCUAUCCACACCAGGGUACCGCUUCCUUCACUAUGCCCUACCAGACAGGCAUGUCCACAUCUGCUGCUGCCACUCUGCCCGCAGGAAACACGAUCCAGAAGCCCCUCAGUAUGUCUGCAAGCGAACCACCCAGCAGCACUCCUGCUCAGGUAAACACUACUGUGCAGAGUCGUCCAGCACAAACCACGACACCCACUCAUGUCCGUCAGCAAUCGUAUAUCCAAAGUGGCAUUGGUGAGGAAACUUCCUUCUCAUCUUCCUCUCAACUUGCUCAAAAUUAUACCCACAAAUCCAUUUCCUCAGCAACAACCACCAGUCCCCCAUUCUCCACCCCUUCUACUGGCACGAUCCAGCAGAGGGUAGUCAUCAACACGUCUACACCCCUCGCAGCUGGCACUCAGAUCAUUCUUAACAAUGCACGCUUUGUAGUCCCUCCCCAGGGUUUAGGUCCAGGCAGUCAUGUCCUUAUCAUCUCUAGCCCCGCACCACAGCAAGUGCCUACUGCCAGCGUUACCAGCACCGGAGCAUCAGCACCUCCCCAAAGGGCAAGCCAUGCUUCUGUAGCCCCUCAAGUUUUACCCCAGUCCCCAGCUAGGCUACCUGGUGUACCCGCUGUGAGUUCUCCUUUUGUAACCUGCUCCCCUGCUGUUGGUCCGACACUGUUAGCAACCACUCCCAAUGUCAAACCAGUUCAACUAACAGGAGCACCUGGCCUCGGCUCAACAAUGUUACACAGUAGAACAAAUGUGUCUGCUCUGCCUAGCUUGUCAUCGGCGCAGGCUGGUCACUUUGCAUCAUCUCCUUUAGGUUCACCCACUCUGGUCUCACCCCCACCCAGGUUAGGCAGUGUACCGUCUCUACUCUCCCCAGUGGUAACUAGCGCCCCUGCUUUUCAUUCAGCACCGGCUCCAUUUAGGUUACCUGCAGGCACAGCCACGCAGGCUAACUGUUCAACCACAGUCUUAUCUGCAGCAGCACACUCAUUGCCCAGAUUUUCAGUCCCUCUUUCAUCCCUGUCAGUUUUACCCAGCCCAUCGGCAGUAUCUCUGUCCAGUCCUGUUAUACCAGUUCCAACGCCCAUGUCCUCUGCCGCAGCUCCUCUGAUAACAGGCACACCUCUGCCUUCUUCUGUUGCUGCCCAGCAGUGUCAAAGCACAAGGCCUCAGCAGACAGCAGUUAGAAUGGCGGCAUCCUCCACAGCUCUAUCACAGGCUUUACUACACACGGGACUAAGCAACACUUGCAUCAGAAAGCAGGUGCCUGCCCUCAUGCAACCAGUGCUUGCCGGCACGCGAACACAAGCAGUCCCACCAAUUGUGAGCACUGUAUCUAGGAUGCAAACGCUCCCAGUUGCUACGGUUCCACCAAUCGGAAGUACUGUUAAUACCUAUGAAACGGCACUAGUGGGGACAACGCCUCCAUCCAGCAGCACUGUAAUAAUCACUUCAGCUCAACCAAUCACAUCAGUGAAGACAAACACCACCAUCCACCCACCUGUCUUUCUGACCAAUCCAGCACUUGGAAAGCUCUCUUUGCAGACCUCCGCCUUGGGUUUUCAUACCAACGUAGCAUCCAAGCUACUAAUUAGUCCUGACGGGGCUGUUCUGAGCACGGCUCAGUGCCAGGUCCAUCCCACAGAGCUGACUGCCUGCCCCAAACCUCUGGAUGCACUGCUGGUUUCCCCCAACAGUUCCCGUGGAGCACUACUCACACAUGAUUCCUCUUUUCUGCCUCCACAGGCAGACACAAAGUGAAUCAGUCAUAUCCAUCGCUUGUAUUAAUCCUGGGAUUUAGUUAAAGAACUGUUUUCCAGCUGUAGUUUGACUCAUAAUUUACAUUUAGGAUACAGUAGGUCUUACUCUGGUUAGAUCAUCUUCUAGGUAAAACUGUAUACUCAAUCGAACUUACUGGCAAUGUAUACUGUGAUGGUUUUCUUAAGUGGGAAAAGUUGAUGUUGCCCUGAUGAAUGUUAUAGACUAUUGACUUUCCUCUUUUUUUCACCUCAUGGCCAGUAAUGACAACUGUUGUAACAAAAUGAGUAGAAAAUGGGAUGUUCACUAAUUUCAGCUCAAGUUUUUUAAAAUACUUUUCAAUGCGAUUGGACACUGCUUCAGUAAGUAACAUUUGGAAUACUCUUCAUUGGUUCAACUUGUUCUAAUUUAUCAGUUUGAACAAUGCAACUCUCUGUAUCCAGAUUUAGUCACGUUGUCCUUUUUUCAACUAGUUACUGUUCGAGAACUACAUUUUACUUUUUAGAAAUAUAAAUAAACCGAUAGAGGACUUUGUACAACUUGUCUGCGCCCAUAUAAAGUCACAUUUAUUUAUUUUUACCAUAUAGAUUUUUCAAAAGAUAUUUACUAGAUACACUUUCAUUGAAAAUU